CCCAUACCUUAAACCCUGCUCAUUGUAUCCCCAACAGCUUUCUUAAAACCCUGAACUCCUCAAAGAGAAAAAGGAAACACUGCCAUGGAGACAAACCUUGACAGCCACUUAGCAGAAGAACCUGGACAUGAACCAGAAAUUUCAUUCAAAGAUGACUCCGAUAUCUGCCAACAACUAUUAUCCCGCUAUUCCACCUCUAAAGCCCCGCACCACCGCCACCUCCUCGCCACCGCCGCCGCCAUCCGCUCCAUUCUCUCCGCUGAGGCCCUCCCCCGAAGUCCUACGGCGUACUUCGUUGCUGCGAUCGAUAACCUCUCCAAUUCCGAAAACCUAGAUUCCACAGCGUUUGCGGCGCUCUUGUCGUUUGUUUCGAUCGUGGUGCCCUUGAUUCCGAGCAAGGGGAUUAAGGGCGAUAAGGCGAGCGAGGCAGUGAAAGUUUUGGUGGGAGUGGCGGAGAGAGAUGGGUUAGGAGCGGCAAGUGUGAGUGGCUUGGUCAAGUGUUUGGGGGUUUUGAUUGUUGGGUUUUGUGAUUUGGAGGAUUGGGGCUCUGUUAAGGAAGGGUUUGAAACUGUGCUUAAAUUCUCCAUUGAUAAGCGGCCUAAGGUCAGGAGGAGUGCUCAAGAUUGCCUUGAGAAGGUUUUUAAGUCUCUUCGGUCUUCCCCUGUUAUCAAGGAGUCGAGCAAAUUGGUUCUGUCGAUGCUCAAAAGUUACAUGCCUAUGGCACUUACAAUGAGUGAGUUGAAGAUUAUUGAGGGGUCUAAAGAUGAAACAUUAUCAAAACCUGGACAUCUAGAGGGUCUCCAUAUACUGAAUUUGCUGAAGCUUACUGUUCCAUAUCUCUCUGUCAAAAUCAGUUCAAAAGUUCUGUCCGAAAUACUUCAGCUCAUGCAUUCUCAGUUCACAGCACUUACAAGGCAUAUUUUUAAAAUUUUUGAAGCAUUUUUUGAGACUUCUGGAGAGCAAGUUAUCGGCCCACAAAUGGAAAACAUUAUAAAAUCUCUUUCUCUAUAUGUGUCUUUUGGAGAGAAGAACCCAAUGGACACUGUCAUUUUUGGAGCAACUUUGUCAAAAAUUGCUUUGGAUAAACUUGAUGCUGGAGGAUCGAGAUUGUGGGUAAGGAAUGUACCUAAAGUUUGUGGUUCCAUGGCAGGUCUUUUGACUUGGGAGACUACCACUGCAUCACAGGCUUCAUGCAUCAUUAAAGAGAUAAUCAAACAUUUUAUGGAUCAGAAAAAGCUCUUGCUUGAUGAAAGCCAGUCAUUUGAAGAUGUAAGUCAAGAAAGCGAAGAAGCAGAUAUGAUAAAAUCGACAUGUGCUAUCUUUGAGAAUACUCUGAGCUCAUAUGAUGGAAUUCCGAAUGAGCAUCUUUUGGAAGUCAUAUCUGCUUUAUUCCUGAAGCUUCGAGAGGGCUCAUUUAUCUUCAUGAAGAAUCUUGUUCUCAAGCUUGCCAACUUGAUGAAUCUUGUCAGCCAGCAGAAAUCUGACACAGAACAUCUUCAGAAUUGCAUUGGAUCUGCUGUAGUUGCCAUGGGGCCGGAGAGAAUCCUUACACUCAUACCCAUCUCUGUUCAUGUUGAUAACUUUACUUGUUCCAAUGCCUGGUUGGUACCCAUAUUGAGGAAACACAUUGUUGGAGCAUCACUAGGGUAUUACAUGGAGCAUAUUGUGCCUCUUGCAAAAUCCUUCUUGAAAGCCAGUCGUAAAGUUAAAAAGUCAGCAGUUGGUGAAGAUCUGCAGGCUUAUGCCCAUGGCCUUUGGGGAUUGCUCCCUGCCUUUUGUCACUAUCCUGUUGACACUCACAGAAAGUUUGGGUCUUUGGCUGAACUUCUUAUCACCUUUCUGAAGGAAGACCCUUUCAUGCAUCAAAAUGUUGCUGUAGCCUUACAGGUUCUUGUCAGUCAAAAUAGAAGUGCAAUUAUCUCUAGAAAUAAUGCUAGAGAAUCUCAUAGCAAUGCAGUGAAGGAUACUCUUUUGGAGUUUAGAAGCAUUCCCACUUAUUCAAAGAAAACUGCAACCAAAAACAUCAAGGCUUUGGCAUCAUGUUCCACCGAGCUGCUUCAGGCUCUAGUGAACCUAUUUGUCAAUUCUCUACCUGAGAAGCGCUUAUAUAUAAAGGAUGCUAUUGGAUGCUUGGCUUCUAUUACUGAUUCUUCUAUCACCAAGAAAAUUUUUAUGUCAUUGCUGGAGAGGUUUCAACUUGCGAAUGGCAGAGGUGAAUUUGCACAGCUGACAAGCUGUGGAGAUGAAUUGAUUGACACAGAAGAAGGCAGUGUUGUGAAGAAGAAAGUUGUAAAGAGGUGUGUGAUAAUGGAGCUAGCAGCUUCUUUUGUUGAAGGAGCCAAGGAGGAUCUAAUCAAUCUGUUAUAUAAUUAUGUUGUCCAAGUCUUUAAGGAAACUGAUGUGACUGGUCAAUGUGGAGCAUAUCACACUUUGAGCAGAAUUUUGGAGGAACAUGCCUGGUUUUGUUGUUCUCAAUUUGUUGAGCUGAUAGAGUUGUUACUUGGCCUGAAGCCUCCAACUGAUAUUGCAUCUCUAAGGAAUCGAUUUGCUUGUUUCCACAUUCUCAUGGUUCACACAUUAGAGAUAAGCUCGGAGGAGGAUAAUACAAAGGCUUUUCUUAUGCUCAAUGAGAUCAUACUGACUUUAAAGGAUGCAAAGGAUGAAGCUAGAAAAGUGGCUUAUGAUACAAUCCUCAUGAUAAGUUCUGCCUUCAGAAACUCAUCAGAUGCGGGUUCUGGUGAAGCUUAUCACAAACUGAUCAGCAUGAUAAUGGGUUAUCUUUCGGGUCCGUCUCCUCACAUAAAGAGUGGAGCAGUUUCUGCACUGUCUCUACUGGUGUACAAUGAUGUAGACAUCUGUCUUAAGAUCCCUGAUCUUGUUCCCUCCCUGUUAUCUCUGCUGCAAAGCAAAGCUGUGGAAGUCACAAAAGCUAUUUUGGGUUUUGUGAAAGUACUAGUGUCAUCCUUGCAAGCUAAAGACCUGCAAAAUCUUCUAUCAGACAUCACCAGUGGAGUUCUCUUGUGGUCAUCUAUCUCUAGAUUUCAUUUUAGAUCUAAGGUGACAGUCAUAAUGGAGAUCAUGAUGCGGAAGUGUGGUUCUGCUGCAGUUGAGUUAGUUACACCGGACAAGUACAAGGGUUUUGUCAAGACUGUUUUGCAGAAUCGUCAUCAUAAGUCUACUUCCAAGGAAGCUGGAUCAAGUGAUAUGGAAACAAUGCCUGCAGAUUCAUCUGGGAAGAGGAUGAAUAAGCAGAACAAAGAAUCAGGUUCUGUGGCUAAGGAGAAUGGUUCAGUGCAUCAUAGGAAGAGAAAGAGAGAAAAUAAGGAAAAUUGGAGCCCUCCUUCCUCGAGGGAGCCUCAUAUACCAAGCGGUGAUGGCCGUGUACCUAAAGGAAGUAAGAAAGCUAGGCACUCUGAAUAUCAAAAAUCAACAAAGGGUCAGUCAGCAGAAAAUAAGAAGAGGAGGAAGUUUGUUAAAGAGUUCACAAGUGGUGGGAACAAAAAGAUGAAAUGGAGGAACACAAGCAAGAAAGGUGAAACAGCAUUUAAUAGACCUGCGACUACCUCCAAAGUACACAAACACAAUAAAUUUGGGAAGAAACAAAAAAACUAGUGAUUCAUACGGCACUCCAUGUACCUGGAUCUGCUUCAAAUUGUACAAAUGCAGUAAGGAGUUUGGAAAGAAGCAGAACGUGAGACUGACCUAUCGUGAAAUGAAGACAGCCAGUUGCUUAUACAUCUUUGAAAUGAAUUUUGUGAAGUCUCACCUGAAACUGCCGUAUGGCCAGAGAGUUUCUUUCGGGGAGAAGUAUUUGAAGUUCAGUUUAAGCUUAUGUUUUUGUCAGAGAGCUCUGUAUUUGUAGAAUCAUGGACAUGAAAUAUCAGCAACAGUCGUCUCCUUGAAACAAAAUGAGGACUGCAGGGUUUUUCGAAUUUCCAAAGCAGCAGUUGGCUAUAUGUAUGAUUGUUUACGAAUCAAAUACACUGGACUGAAAUCUUAUUGAUGUCGACAAUUCUUUUCAAUGAUAUAUGAUGCAGUUUGCACAAUCUUGGGAAAUGAUUAGAGAGACUGUUUGCUUUGCUGGGCUGCA